GGGAUUUUAUAUUUUAAAAUAAUUAUUUCUAUAUGAAACUGUUUACGUUAGUGUAAAUAUUUAGGAAAUUCAAUGUCGAAAAUAAUAAUGAACCAACUGAGCCAUCCACAGCGUGUGCGGCUACUGUAUAAAACCAUAUUAAGACUACAUCGAGGUCUGCCAACGGAACUUCGCGUUUUAGGCGAUAACUACGUGCGCGAUGAAUUCAGACGUCAUUUAAAAUGCAAUCCAAUGGAGGCACAGCUUUUCAUGACGGAAUGGGCUCGCUACGCCUCCACGAUCACAGAGCAGGUGGGACUGCGCGGCAAGCCGAAAGGUGAACUUGGCGAGCAGCUGGAUGCAGAGGCAGUGGAAAUGCUUAAGGAUGACCAAGUGGUGCAGCUGUACGAGCUUAUGUUGGCCGCCAAGGGACUCCAUGGAGAUACGAUAACAACAGACGAUGUGCGUGGCAGUGACAAAUAAAGUAUUGCUUCUUGUUUAUUGUUUUUCUA